AUGGUGCCUGCUGUUGCUGCUAUCCAGCCGAACACCGCGGGAUCCGCCCCGUCCCCUCCCGCCGCCGCCGACACCGGCGGCUGGGGCUUCGGCGGGCUGCUCAAGACGCUCACCUCGCAGUCGGAGAACGUGCUGGAGACCUACCGCCGCGACCUCGCCGAGUUCAGCACGGGCCUGCGCCGCGAGACGGACGCCUUCCGCGAGGCCGCGGCCCGGGCGGCGCGGGACCUCCCGUCCUACGCGCACGCGCUCGAUGGGCUCGCCGACAUCGUCGCCCAGGGCAAGGACGCCCUCGCCGCCGCCGCCGCCUCCUCCGCCUCCCCCCCGUCCGCGGACGCCGAAUCCGACCCCAGCUCCGCGUCGGGCCACCUCCGCUACUACAGCCGCUUCGAGGCGCAGCUGCACGCGCUCCAGUCGGAUCCGGCCACCUUCGCCGCCGAUCCCGACGACGCCGAGGACUUCGCGGCCUGGAGGAGGGAGGCCGGGUUCAGCGUCGACGAGCAGCAGGAGAAGAUCGAGGCGCUCUGCUACGAGAGCGACGCCGUGGAGGGCAUGCUGGACCGGCUCGUGCCCGACGCUGUGGACGCCGAGCUGUUCUGGGCGAGGUACUUCUACCGCGUCCACAGGCUCAAGCAGCAGGAGGACGCCAGGGCCAAGCUCGUGAAGCGGGUCAUCGCGCAGGAGGAGGAGGAGGAUCUCAGCUGGGAGCUGGAUGAUGAGGAACCAGCACCAGAGGAGGAGAUUAAGCAGGCAUCGAUCAACACUCAGGAUGAAAGGCUUUUCGCCUGA